AUGAUGUUGAAAAAACUAAGUGCUUGUGAAUUAGAUGCCAGAGUCGGCGACGUAACUCUGCUUUUAAGCUACGUACUUGCAUACUCUAAUGAGCUUUUGGAUGGGAAACCGCUCUAUGCUUCUUCUAAUUGUCUUCCCGUGAAGGCUUUGAACCGUGAACCUGCUGGUCAUGCGUUCCAUGCUGCUGCUCUCGAACUGCGUGGUUGGGCAAAGGAAACCACAGACAAGAAGGAAGAAGACUUCGAUACGAAUGUUGGGAACGAGAAGGAUCAUAAGGAAUAUAUUCCUUCCUAUGACUCGUAUAACAACAAGGCAAAGAAGAAGUCUGGGAAGCAACAACAUGAUCACUAUGCUUUGUUGGGUUUGGGCAAUUUAAGAUAUCUUGCAACAGAGGAUUAG